GGAAAGAUACGAAUCGCCUAACAGAAAAAAAGAAAAAGUUGCAACGAACCACACCAUCCAUCACACUCUUCGUCGUCGUCUUCUUCGACAAUCCAAUCCGCAGCAAAAAAAAUCAAACCAUCCAAAAAAUCGACACAAAAUCCGAAUUGAAAUUCGUUCUUUUCUCAGAAUCCGACUGCAUUACCGUCCAGAAUUCGUUUUCGCUACACCAAAAUCCUCGUUUCUAUCACAAAUUUCAUUUCUGCAUUAUAUAGAUAUAUAUAUGUGCGCGUGUGUAUAUGGACAUGCAUGCGAUUGAUCGGCGAUUGUAGAUUGGGAGGGAGAGAUUGGGAAUAGGAGGCGUGUUUAGGAAGCAGAGAUGGCGUUGCUGCGCAAACUGUUCUAUCGGAAGCCGCCUGAUGGACUCUUCGAGAUCUGCGAGCGAGUUUACGUUUUUGAUUGCUGCUUCACUACCGAUGCGUGGAAGGAAGAAAACUAUAAGGUUUACAUAGGUGGGAUAGUUGGUCAACUCCAAGAUCACUUGCCAGAUGCUUCAUUCUUGGUGUUCAAUUUCCAUGAUGGUGUGGCACAAAGCCAGAUGGCCAGCAUUUUGUCCGAGUAUGAUAUGACCAUUAUGGAUUACCCGCGGCACUUUGAAGGUUGUCCGGUGCUCACACUAGAGCUGAUCCAUCACUUUCUGAGAUCAAGUGAAAGUUGGUUAUCGCUUGGACAGAAUAACGUGCUGUUGAUGCACUGCGAACGUGGAGGUUGGCCUGUUUUGGCUUUCAUGCUGUCUGCUCUCUUGAUUUACCAUAAACAGUAUAGUGGCGAGCAGAGGACGUUGGACAUGGUUUACAGGCAGGCUCCUUCUGAGCUUUUGCAUUUGUUAUCACCGCUAAAUCCAAUCCCUUCGCAACUGAGGUAUCUCCAGUAUGUGACGAGGAGAAAUGUAGCCUUGGAAUGGCCUCCUCUGGAUCGAGCGCUUACCUUGGAGUGCGUCAUUUUCAGAUUUGUUCCUAACCUUGAUGGGCAGGGUGGUUGCCGUCCUAUUUUCCGCAUAUAUGGACAGGACCCUUUUCUUGCUAAUGAUAAAACUCCAAAAGUCUUAUUCUCAACUCCAAAGAAAGGAAAACCCAUACGGGCUUACAAGCAGGUAGAAUGUGAACUGGUUAAAAUUGACAUUAAUUGCCAUAUUCAAGGUGAUGUUGUGGUCGAGUGCAUUAGCCUACAUGAUGACUUGGAACGUGAGGAGAUGAUGUUCCGUGUCAUGUUCAAUACAGCUUUUAUUAGGUCUAACAUUUUGAUGCUCAACCGUGAUGACAUUGACAUGUUGUGGGAUGCUAAGGAACAAUUUCCAAAGGACUUCAGAGUAGAGAUCCUUUUUUCAGAGAUGGAUGCUGUCACAUCCAUCAUCCUGGGUGGCAUGUCAUGCUUUGAGGACAAGGAGGGCCUUCCGAUGGAAGCAUUUGCUCAAGUUCAAGAGAUCUUUAACUACGUGGAUUGGUUAGACCCCAGGUCAGAUGCCACACUUAAUGUGCUACAACAAGCAUCAAAUAUUAUCCAAGAAAAAUUAAACAGUGAUUCUCCACGGAGUACUGGGAAUGACUCGCAGGAAACAAGUCCAGGAAAGACCCCAAAGAAAAAGAACCUUCUCUCCUCUGAUGACAUGCAAUCUGUGGCCUCACCCAGGCAAUCUCAUGAUACCAGUGUGAGUAAACAGCAAGCUAAACCCCAAGAUAUCCCAGCUACACCUCAGCCACCCAAUCAAGGUGAUUCAGUAUCCCAGCAUAUUCCCCAACCUUCUCAUUCAACCACAAUGGGAGCAUUUGCUCAAGUUCAAGAGAUCUUUAACCAUGCUGCCUCACCUAUGCAGUCCCCAGAUUCCACUGUGAGUAAACAGGAAGCUAAACCUUCAAAGACUGCACUUCAGCCACCCGAUCAACAUGAUUCUGUGAGCCAGAAGGCGCCCCAACCUUCUAAGUCAACCCCAAUGGAAGCUAAAUCUCAAGACAUUCAUACUGCACUUCAGCCAACCAGUAAGCGGGAUUCAGUGAGCCAGAGGAUCCCCCAACCUUCUCAGUCAACCCUGAUGGACACUAAACCACAAGACAUCCAUACUGCGACUAAACAAGAAGCCAAACCUCAUGAUAUUCGUACUGUGAUUAAACAGGAAGCCAACCCUCAAGCCAUUCAUGCUGCAAUUCAGCCACCCAAUAUAUGUAAUUCAGUGAGCCAGCAGAGGCCUGAACCUUCUCAGUCAACACCAAUGGAAGCAGCUAAACCUCAAGACAAUCUUACUGUGAAGAAACACGAAGAUAAACCUCAAGAAAUUCCUACUGUGAAGAAACAGGAAGCUAAACCUCAAGACAUUCCUACUGUGAAGAAACAGGAAGCUAGACCUCAAGACAUUCCUACUACACUUCAGCCAUCCGAUAAACUCGAUUUGGUAAGCCAGAAGAUACCACAACCUUCUCAGUCAUCCCCGAUGGAAGCAUUCAGUCAAGUUCAAGAGAUCUUUAGCCAUGCAGCCUCACCUAUGCAGUUUCCAGAUACCAGUACGAGUAAACAGGAAGGUAAACCUAAUGAUAUUCAUGCUGUAGAAGUUAAAAGUUAUCCAGUUGUACCAUCAACAUCUCCACCUCCACCUUCCAAGUGUACUUCGGCUAAAACAACUGUUCCUUCUCCUCCCACACCGCAACUUCUGCCGCCUGAUGUUUUAGUUUCAAAACCUGAAGACUCAUCACUUCUUGAAGAGACUAAAAACUAUUCAUCGGAUGGAGCCCAACAAUCAACCACUAGUCAUCCAGCUGCCUCUGGGAUGCCAACCUCAAGUACCAUUUCUGGAAAGGUGUUACCUAAAGCACCCACUCCACGUUCUGAGGUUGCUUCAUCAACCCGGCCUCCUCCAACUCCUCCAACUCCCCCACCACCUCCUCCAGCACCGCCUUUGAAAGAGAACCAUGCUGACAGCUCCAGACCUCCGCCCCCUCCCCCUCCUCCUGGACCUCCUCCACCUCCUCCUCUUCACUCAGGGCAAGCUGGAGGCACUAUAAUCUCGUCCCCAGUUCCACCACCGCCUACUGCUCCCACUUCUUCCACCAAACAUGGAGCUCCUUCUGCCCCACCUCCUCCACCUCCUCUUGGUAAAGGAGGUUCUAAGCCGGGUAACCCUCCGCCACCACCUAUUACUUCCCCUGGUGGUGCAAAAGGACGCCUACUACGUACCAUAAGUUCAAAAAAUAAUAAUUCAAAAAAACUGAAGCCGUUGCACUGGUUAAAAUUGUCAAGAGCGGUUCAGGGAAGCUUAUGGGCUGAGGCACAAAAAUCUGAUGAAGAGGCCAAGGCUCCUGAGAUUGACAUGUCAGAGCUUGAGACUCUUUUCUCAGUGGCAGCUCCGGCCCCGGAUAAGGGUAGGAAGUCAGCUGGACAUGGUUCGGUUGCCCCUAAAUCUGAAAAAGUACAACUGAUUGACCACAGGCGAGCAUACAACUGUGAAAUCAUGCUUUCAAAGGUGAAGGUUCCGUUGAAUGAAUUAAUGGAUUCAGUACUUGCGCUGGAGGAUACAGCAUUAGAUGUUGACCAGGUAGAGAACCUCAUAAAGUUUUGCCCAACGAAAGAGGAGAUGGAACUACUUAAGGGCUACACUGGAGAAAAGGAGAAGUUAGGAAAAUGUGAACAGUUCCUCUUAGAGUUGAUGAAGGUACCUCGAGUAGAAUCUAAGCUCAGAGUUUUCUCAUUCAAAAUACAGUUCUCUUCCCAGGUCUCUGAUCUUAGAAAUAGCCUGAAUGUAGUGAACUCUGCAGCAGAAGAGAUCAGGAAUUCUGGCAAAUUGAAAAGAAUCAUGCAGACGAUUCUUUCAUUAGGAAACGCUUUGAACCAGGGGACAGCUCGGGGCUCUGCUAUUGGAUUUAGGUUGGAUAGCCUUCUUAAACUGAUUGAGACUCGCGCACGGAACAACAAGAUGACUCUCAUGCACUAUCUUUGUAAGGUACUCGUUGACCAACUACCGGAGGUUCUAGAUUUCUCUAAAGACCUGGGCAACUUAGAACCUGCAGCAAGGAUACAAUUGAAAUUUUUGGCGGAGGAAAUGCAAGCUCUGAGUAAAGGAUUGGAGAUUGUACAGGAAUUAUCCACCUCUGAAAAUGACGGUCCUAUAUCAGAAAAAUUCCGUAAGAUUCUAAAGGAGUUCCUCCGUUUCGCUGAAGGUGAAGUGAGGACUUUGGCCUCAUUGUAUUCUACCGUAGGUAGAAAUGUAGACGCAUUGAUCCUUUAUUUCGGAGAAGAUCCCGCUAAGUGCCCUUUUGAACAAGUUGUUACAACCUUGCUCAACUUUGUCAGAAUGUUCAACAAAGCUCAUGAUGAAAACUGCAAGCAAAGUGAGAACGAAAUGAAGAAAGCGGCAGAAAGUGAGAAGCUUAAGAUGGGCGCUUCGAAGGAAUCCGAACGAUUGUUGCGUACUCCGAUCCAGAGCAGCAACGUCAAAUAAUUGGGUUUCUAAAUCCGGCGCGUUCAUCAUCGUGGACGGAAAAGUAUAACAUGAACACAGGUUUGAGCAGAAAGGUUUCUUUUUCGUUUUCUCAUUUUCCCCUUUACAAGGCUAAAUGGGAAAAAGUUUUGGUAUUUAAUGCGCGGGAUUAGAAUGUAAAUUAGCGUAGUUUGUACUUGUUUCGCAGAUGUAGGCCUAGAAUUAUGAAUCGACAAAACUUGACGCUGCAAGGCCGAUUUUGUCCUCCGGUCCGGCAUGCAUAUGCGCUUCCUAAACUUUUUUUAUGGCGCAAUAAAAGUUGAGGUUUCAUUAUAAAACUAAUUGACAAUGUAGUGGUUUGCCCAAUUAAUUAUAAGCACAUGCGAUGUGGAAUUGACAGGGUGCAGGAUAACCUACUCUAAUAA